ACACAUUUGUAGAAGAAGUGCUGAGCACGGCUUCUAACUUUUUCUUCCUUUUGGAACAUUGUGGGGUCAACAGUUUUGUGAUCUCCAUGUAUAACAAUGAAGGAUUCAGAUUCUACAAGCAAACUUUUUCAGUGUCCAACUGAGAAGUCUCUUAACUUUGUGGAAAGAAGAUGGAAAAACCAUUGGUUUUCUUUUCUCAACUAAAUAUGUCAGACCCAAAGGAAAAAAUUUUCUUCAAGGCGAUUCACACAAUAGGGAAAGAAGCAUUAAACAAAGACAUAAAAAACAGAGGUAAAGAAAAGAAAAAUAGAAUAAGCCUUCUCCUGCAGAAACCUGAAUUCCAUGAAGAUGUCAGUCGUGGUAGAUCUGAAAACUUGGCCAAGGGCACAAGUGUCUCCCCUGAAGAAGCAGUGAAAUGGGGUGAAUCCUUUGAUAAACUGCUUUCCCAUAAAGAUGGAUUCAAUGCUUUUACCAGGUUCCUUAAAACUGAAUUCAGUGAAGAAAACAUUGAAUUUUGGGCAGCCUGUGAGGAUUUCAAGAAAAGCCAAGAACCCCAUCAACUCUUCCAUAAAGCACAAGUGAUAUAUGAGAAAUUCAUACAGAAUGAUGCUCCACAGGAGGUUAACCUUGACUUUCACACCAAAGAAAUAAUUUUUAAGAGCAUCUCCCAACCAACCAUCCACAGUUUUGAUGCUGCCCAAAGCAGAGUUUAUCAACUUAUGGAGCAAGAUAGCUAUACACGCUUUCUGAGAUCCGACAUUUAUUUGGACUUAAUAAAUGGAAGACCACUCCAAACAACAAACCUUCGAAGGAGAUCACGUUCCUUUACUUUCAAUGAAUUUCCAGAUGAAAAACCAGACUUUGCCAUUUGGUUAUAAAAAAAACAUUCUUAAUUUUACUCAUGUAUCAUGGUAAGCUAUGCAAAAUUGACUCACAUAAUAUUGGCUAUUAAUAUUUAUAAAUUUAAUCAAUUGUAACUUGUCAUAUGGGUGAAUCUAAAAACAUAAUUUGGAACACUUCUCACAGCAAAGGGAUGCAAUGUAGUAAGUAUUAUGGUCAUAAAUACCUCCAUUUAAAAAUCAUUCCUUUUAAUCUAUAAUUUUCAAAAAUAGGAAUGAUCCUUAAUGUAUAUGUGAAGAGUGAUAAUUAUACGUUCAGUAGGAUGAAGAGGACAAGAUUUGCAAAAAUUUGACAAUAGUUUAUAAAAUGUAUAUUUAUAUAUAUGCAUAUAUUCCACAUUUUAUAUUAAAUUUAAAAAAGAUAAUGUUCAGAGAAGCAAGAUGAAAUAGGAGAUAGAGGAGAUAGCCUUUGAGCAAAUAAGACCUGGGUUUAAUUCUUGCCUCAGGAUAAGAGUAGAGUUAGGGGAUAGAAACUGGACCUAUGGGUUCAUUUAUGAAGGAAACUUCUGAAUGUAUAAACUCCCUGUACAAUUCAUAUUUGAACAUUUUCUGCAACUUAUGAUCUUAGAGUUGGCCUAUAAGUAGAAUUUUUUUUUCAAAACUAUAUGAUUAUAAUCUCUAUUGCCUUGAAUAAAGCAUGUAGGCCUAUGCUUUAUUUUAAAAAUAUUUAAUUUUAAUGGGUGUUGCAUGGUAUUAAUGCCUAUAUUUGGAUGAUGGUGUGCAAUUAGCUUUCACAUCUUCAUGUACUUGAA